AGUGUAUUUAAGGCCCAGCCCAGGCUAUAGAGAGAAGUGUCCCUGUCACGGCCCAGCCAUGGGGGACACCUUCAUUCGCCAUAUUGCCCUGCUGGGCUUCGAGAAGCGCUUCAUCCCCAGCCAGCACUAUGUGUACAUGUUCCUGGUUAAGUGGCAGGACCUGUCGGAGAAGGUGGUCUACAGAAAAUUCACCGAGAUCUACGAGUUCCAUAAAAUGCUGAAGGAGAUGUUCCCCAUUGAGGCCGGCGAGAUCCACACAGAGAACAGAGUCAUCCCACACCUCCCGGCACCCAGGUGGUUUGAUGGGCAACGAGCCGCUGAGAGUCGCCAGGGCACUCUCACUGAAUACUUCAACGGCCUCAUGGGACUGCCCGUGAAGAUCUCCCGCUGCCCACACCUGCUGGACUUCUUCAAAGUGCGGCCUGAUGACCUGAAACUGCCCACUGACAGCCAGGCGAAGAAGCCUGAGACAUACCUGGUGCCCAAAGAUGGCAAGAAUAACGUAGCUGACAUCACAGGCCCCAUCAUCCUUCAGACCUAUCGGGCCAUUGCUGACUACGAGAAGAGUUCGGGAACAGAGAUGACCGUGGCAACCGGAGACGUGGUGGACGUUGUGGAGAAGAGCGAGAGCGGCUGGUGGUUUUGCCAGAUGAAGACAAAGCGAGGUUGGGUCCCUGCAUCCUAUCUGGAGCCCCUUGACAGUCCCGACGAGGCGGAGGAUCCGGAUCCCAACUACGCAGGUGAACCGUAUGUAACCAUCAAAGCGUACGCUGCUGUUGAAGAGGACGAGAUGUCCCUGUCUGAGGGUGAAGCCAUUGAGGUCAUUCAUAAGCUCCUGGAUGGCUGGUGGGUGGUCAGGAAAGGGGAUAUCACCGGCUAUUUCCCAUCCAUGUAUCUGCAGAAGGCUGGGGAGGAGAUAACCCAGGCCCAGCGACAGAUCAGAGGCCGCGGGGCACCACCUCGAAGGUCGACCAUCCGCAACGCACAGAGCAUCCACCAGCGUUCUCGGAAGCGCCUUAGCCAGGACACCUAUCGCCGCAACAGCGUCCGAUUCCUGCAGCAGCGCAGACGCCCGGGGCGACCCGGGCCGCUGAGCACGGAUGGCACAAAGGGUGAGCGCCAGGGCGGGCCGGGGCCUGGGCUGGAGGGCAGAGACAAUCCAUCGACUCCGCGCGUCAAACCACAGCCCGCGGUGCCUCCGCGACCCAGCUCGGACCUCAUCCUGCACCGCUGCACAGAGAGCACCAAACGGAAGCUGACGUCCGCUGUGUGAGAAGCAGCGGCCCUAGACGGCUCCUAUCCCUAUCUCUGUAUAUACUUGUGUAUAGCCUCAGGUUAGAGACUCCUCCCAUGCCUUAAGGUUUGAAAUGGACUGAGACUCUACAGCAAAGGACAGGACUGGGUUAAUCUCCACCGGUAUUGCUAGCAUGAGAGGAGGCAGUGAGCGCUGCUAGGGUGGGGGUUGCAGGGACAAAAAAGAUCUGAUUACCUGCUGCUGUAGUCUCAACCAAGUUUGCAGAAAGCCAAGUGCCUUAGGAACGCCCUAGGAAAGUGUUUCUCAACCUGUUGGCCAUGACCCCUUUGGGGAGGGUGUCAAAAGACUUUCCCAGAGGUUGCCUAAGACCAUUGGAAAAUACAGAUAUUUAUUUCUAUAGAUGUUUAUAUUAUGAUUCAUAAAAGUAGCGAGAUGACAGUUAUGAAGUAGCAAUGAAAAUAAUUUUAUGACUGGGGGUCCCCACAACAUCGGGAACUAGCUGUAUUAGGGUCACAGCACUAGGGAGGUUGAGAAGCACUGCCCUAGGGCCUCAGGAUGUUGCCCGGUUGGUAGAGCUUGACUAGCAUGCAACCGGGCCUGGCUUCCAUUCCCAACAUCCCAUAAUAGGGUGUGCCAGUGUCCCAGCAUCAGGGCAGUCGAGCCGAGGCUCACAUCUGUAAUUUCAGAGCCAAGAGUCAAGAGAACUGCAGUUAGACUCAAGAUCGGCCUGGGCCAUGUAGGGAAUUUGAGAUCAGAUUUAGCUAGUGUGAGAUCCUGGGUCAAACCACCCCAUACCACAGUACAACGGGCGUAGGGAGUCUCAGGGGGAUGAAAGCGACUGUCAUUAGUGGGCAGUUAUAGAUUAAUAUUAGCAACUAAUGACUAGUGUCAUUUUAGUGUCAUUAGUGAUGCGGAGACUUUGCUUUCAUGUCUCUAUUUCCAUCCCCAAAUGCAAAGAAACCGCGCUGGCUGGUCUACGUCAACUUGACACGAGCUGGUGUCAUCUAAGAGAGGGAACCUCGAUUGAGGAAACACCUCAGUGGUUAAGAGCACCAGCUGCUUUUCUGAGGACUGGUGUUCGAUUUCCAGCAUCCACAUUUGCCUGUAACUCCGGUUUUAGGGCAUCUGACACCCUCACACAGGCAUAUAUGCAGACAGAAGAUCAAUGCACAUAAAUUAAAAUACACACUGAAAAAAAUUUAAAAAGAGAGGAUAUGCCUCCAUAAGAUCUUGGUGAUUAAUGGGGGAGGGUCCAGCCCACAGUUGGUGGUGCCAUCCUGGGCUGGUGGUGCCAUCCUAGGCUGGUGGCCCUGGGUUCUAUAAGAAGGCAGGCUGAGCAAGCGAUGGGGAGCAAGGCAGUAAGCAGCACCCCUCCAUGGCCUCUGCAUCAGCUCCUGCCUCCAGGAUCCUGCCCUGCUUGAGUCCUUGCCCUGCUUGAGUUCCUGUCCUGACUUUUUUUCAGUGAUGAACAACAUGGAAGUGUAAGCUGAAUAAAUCUUUGCCUCCCCA